GACUGUGCUAUGAUGCAAACAACAUUAUUAACUCUAGUGAGAUAUCGUAAAAAUAACUGCGAAAAACUGGACAUUGGAGGACAGAAUACGGCUGUUAAGUCAAACCACUUCAAGUUAUUAGUCAAAAGGUAAGCCGGCUUGUUGCCCUCUAUUUAAAAAGCUUGUCGCACAUAGUAGUACACCACUAGUUUUCUGCCGCUACAAAAAACUUACUAAGUCGUCUGAUUUCGCUGUUUAAUUUUCUUCGAUUUAUUUCGUUACGAAAAGAAAGAGUUUUUUUGGUUAAAAAGAGUAUCCGCAGCGAAAAGCAGAUAGAAAACCUAGACUGGAAAGCACUUGAAUUGCAACGAAAAUUUUGCAAGCAGAUGCAGCUUGUCCAUCAACAUUGGUUUUUACGCUUAGCUCACGCGUUUCGCAGAUUUUUGAUCGAAUUAAAGCUUUUUUUCGAAACUAUGCUAAUACUUCCGAUUCAAGGCGUCUUAAGGUUUAUAUAAUAAACAAGAACAACAAGCUUAAAAAUUCUAUUUAAAUAACUAAGUGUUCAGUGAAGGACACUCAAAUGAAACAUUCAGCAUAACAAAUAGUGUGAGUAACAUUGAUAUCUAUUUUUUAGAAGCAUUUGGAAUUUAGAGAUAAGCAGAGAGCCUUAAGUCUUGUAAGCAGAGAGGGCUAAAAAAAAGUGAAAAAAAUGAUAAUCUUGUUUGCUGUUAUUUACUCAGUGGAAGCAAAAUGUGAGCUUCAUUUUGACCUCAUAGUAAUUCAAACAAAAACGUGCUUAUUACGCAGUUAUCUCAACAAACUACGGGCUACGACGGGGCAAAGUAGUAUUAAUUCCGAAUUUUCUGGUUUUAGUGGAAUGUUAAAACGGGGUCGAAUGCUUGCUCGUUCGAUCAUUUUCUCCGGCAACGGAAACCCACCGACCCAGUGUGCAGGUGAAACAAGGUUAAAUGGCCGACAUCUCAAUAUGAGACUAAAUAAACGUUCUGAUGGUAGCAAGGUUCAAGUCCUGAAGAUUGUCGAAGUUAUUUCUUCGAUAUCAAAAUAUUUUUUCACAUAAUGUAUAAUAGCGUCUGAUUAUUUUUUCAGAAGAUAAUUACUAACACACGAAGGGCAAGACUAUCGCUAUGGUGUCUUGAUCGCCGGAUCAUUCUAGAAUUUUCUAGAAAAUCCAAUUAGGAUUUAAAGCUGGAUGAUUUGCAGUAUUUUUCUCUUAGUAGGGUCUUCCAAGACGAAAACUCUGUGAGGCUGCAUGCUAUGUGGCCGGACAGACUAGAGGUCUAUUAAAUCUCCUCCUCUUCCCGUAGCUUGCAUUUCCGGCUCCCGAGGUUCUUUUUUCUUGGCUUCUUCGGUUUUUGCCCUUUUUUCGAUUGUGAAAUAAUCAUUUGGGGAUGCGUAAUUUCCACCUAUUUCUCCCACUUCCCACCCUUUUAGAACUCCCACCUCCUGUCUUGUGCUUUCCCAUCCUUACUCACAUACCCCAUCACCUAUUAUAUUCUCAAGGAUUCCCAACGUCAAUUCUCAUGCACUUUUCUCAGAGCUCCGGUGAGAAAAAGGCGACACGAGUGUCGCCUUUUCUCGCGUGGGGUGAUGAUUUUCACGCGCGCUCACGUUUCGCUCGCUGUACUAUCCCUGAGGAAAAAUGGGGACUACUCGUAGUCUAGUGAAGUCAGUGCUGUAGUAGACCUUUUUCUAAAUCACUGAGUGAGCUCUAAACCGGAGACUGCUAGCCGGCUAGUAACUACGAAGGCGAUUUACUUUGUUAUUCUUGCCCAAAAUGAUACCUGAAUGCUGUUGUUUUAUUUUUCUUCCGCCAGUAUUGUAGGAAUAAUGCAACACCCAGCAAACUCGAACUUUCUUGAAUGCGACACGCGUUCUCAUAAUAGAAAUCCAAUGAACGCUUUAACAAUCCGUCUAUACUGGCUAGCCGGGAAACACUCUAUUAAUACAAUGUAAAAUUUUCUUACUUUGUAGACAGCUGAAAAGAGUAGAAAAUUUACAAUCAUUUUCAAAUAUGUAAUCUUGAAAGCACGUUUCAGAGUUAGUUAAAUAGUAUGAAUAUUUGAAAUGUUCUAUUCAAUUAAUGCAGCAGAAUGUUAAAGAAUGUCACUUACUUCGAACCACAACCAGUAACCUUCUAAAUGGCUUAUUAGAGUUCAUAAAAUAAAGAAAUUUUCUUGAGGAAUCCCUUUUUAUUAUUUUCAGUUUGGUAUAAAUAUUUCCAUGAGUGCCACAGGACACAUUUUUUGUCUCUCUGGGAGCGAAGGAAUUGAACGAGAAGAGCUCUGGUAUCCAAGAUACAAAAAUAUGGAAAAAAGGAUAUAUGAAAAGGACUUAUAAUAUGAAAAAUAAUCGCAGAUUACUAUCCAAUUCCCUGCGGUUAAAGGGUUCGCAUGCGUUUCUUUCCCUUCGUCAAGUAAUUAGUUUUUGUCGAUUGAUGUUUUUGUUUUUGUUCCUUUGUUUGUUCGCUUCUUAGUGCGAUGCACGUUUUUGUGGUAAUCCACUUACCUAGUUAUAAAUAAAAUUUAAUUUGUAUUUAUUUGCGGCUUUACGAGAUGUGGCGAGACCGCGAAAAUAACUUUGAUUCCUUUCAAUGUUAGUCAAUGAUCUAUUUAUAUUAUAUCCUAAUAGACUGAUAUAAAGCAUUUAAUUUCUCGCCAACAUCCUGUUCGAACGAAACUAGAAUUUGGCUUUUGUUUAUGUCUUUGAUUUUGUUUUCUUCUUUGGAUUGUCUUUGUCUUGAAUUAGACUUCUAAUACCAGCAGCGUUUAGCAAAAACCGAAGAGAUUGAAAAUCGAUGAGACGUCGUUUAAUACUUUUCACUUUUAAAAGCAACUUGUGACUUAAUGUAAGCCAAUUAGUGUGCACACGAGCAAGUUCUAGACAACGUACGUAGUCGACAUCAGCUCAAAGUGGCGUUUUUUGUUUGCCUCUUCCCAGUUCCUCUCGCUCGACGCUCGUUUGCGACCAGGUUCUCAGGCAAAGAAAAACACAAACAAACAAGAACAAGGCUUCUCGUGCUUUAAUCCUUUUAUACGAGCAGGUCUAUCUUUUUGUGUGAAAACUUGCCCAUAGAAGUUCCGAUUACGGCUCCAGUCAAAUGCCGCCAUACACAAGAGGCGCCUGAAGGCAAAUGAGCUCACUUUUCAAGCAUUGAUUCCUUCAUAACUCAGUAGACGACAGUGUAUUGUCCUUCACACAAGUGUUAGGACCACGGUGGAUCAAUACAUCUUUAGAGCAACAAAGAAAGCGUAUUCUUGUUUUCAUCACUGAUGUUUUUCACCCUUAAAUGGCAAAAAAGAAUCACCCGAUCAGUUAAUAAGCGCGUGAGGUCAAGGUUUUAAUGAGGUUGUUUGAGCGGUGUGUCUUAAAAAUUAAUUAUAUUUCUCUCUCGGCACUGUUAAGAUGAACGGUUCGAACAACAGUUAUAUUGUUGAAUAUUUCGAUCAAUCCGCAGCGCUUUGCUCAUUUUCUGAUAAGAAGGGAACGGUCCACGGGUUGCCCAUAAUAUAGUUGAUUGAGUUCAUUUUGAAAAGGGUCGAAAGCCAGGGAAACUAUAGGGACUUGCUAUUAAGGUAGGAGAAAUUGGAGUAAAUAUGCAUAUUUAUUGCACGGCUCAUAUACAACAAGGCAAAGUUUUAUCACAAGUGCCAGUUUUAUUUCAGACUGUGGUUUGUAUUUGUUAUGUUCCUAAGUUCAAGUUUCAAGUUUGUCUGCUCAUAUUAGAGAAAAAUGCGGUGCAGUGAAUACAGAACAAACCGACAAACAUGAAAUUAAACAUAGCACUAGGAGAAAAACAGACAGAGACGAGAAAUGCUAUCACGAAAAAUAUUUUUAAGGUAGUAAUAAUUUGGAUUAUAAAUAUUACUGACAUAUAGUUAUGCGUACGCAAUUUUGUACUAUCUAGUGUAAAUGAUAAAACUAACAUUAAAUAUUUUAAUAUUAUGAUCGCACAUUCUGAGUAAUCCUAUAUUAGUCUAAAAGUAGCGUUUCUAACUUGAGAUACACACUUUAGUCUUGUGAUUCUCUCUCCGCACGGGCGUUUUUCCUUACUUUUCUUUUAUUUUUUAUCUUGACAUUUUUUUCUUUGAUUUCUUCACAUUACCCUAUGUGACAGAGACUUAAAUGCAGCGUUAUAUCGAUUUCCAGUUUCGGUGCGAGCCUCGCGGCUUCGGGUUCCCGAAGAUGGCGCUCGACCUCAAACCAUCCCGCCUCGUGGCGGGAAGAAAAAUAAUUCUGGUACGUAGGGCGGCUUAUAUCGUACCCGCAACACAAAAACAGGAUGUUAAGAUAGCGCUCACGUACGUAAACAUAUCUUCCGUCAGAUUCCCUGCUUAAAUGGUCUAUACAUGUGCUGGUUAAACCUUUUGACAGUAAUUUGUUGUGAAGUUGUUGUUUGUUUGUCUUUUUUUCUUUUUAAUGAGCAUUUGUAAGUUUUGACGCUAGUCAACUUUAACCCUCGGUCAAAACUUGGAAGCAACCGUCGAGCCAAUAUAUCAAUUUCUCCCAUACGUGAGGUUAAUAGGGGACCGACGGAUCUGGAACAAUCCAGUUUCGCACAAAAAGCGGAUCUCGAACUUGGGACAUGUUACGAAAUUUCGUUUCUUAUGUCACUUCCUUUUGUUGUUAGAGCCUGGCCUCAACGCGAAUUUCUCGCGGGGGAACCAACGGACUGUUGCAAUCGGUUUUGAUGUGGUUCUUCCGAGCAGCGUCAUAAAGCCAGCCUUAGGCGGAACAAAUUGUAAGUCCCUGGUAACAACAGAAGAAAAAGCAAGCCGCCUUUAUGACCAUCUACACUCACAUUACUAACACCAAUUUUCUUGACGGAACUACAGGGAUUGACGAUUUCAUCUUCACUAACUAACUUUGCAAAGCAGUUUGGCUGACAUCUAGAAAUUUUGGUUAAAUGGGCUCGGAAACAGCGAAUUCCUAGAACGCGGAACCCACAAAACCUUCGAGGACGCGGUCGAUGUAGCGGUCUCUAGGUGGUUAGAAUUCUUGUAGCACGUGUAUAGUUAUUGCACGUGCGAUCAGUGAAGUACUCUCGUCAUCAAACUCAAGGGCGUAGUCACGGAGCCUUUGAUUUCUUGGUCAUGAUUUCCUCUUUAUAAGUUUUCUUCGAGGGUGAAGUUUGGUGGUGAGACAUUAGCAUUUUGCUUUGGUCUUAGAAGGCUCCAUUUUUAAGUGUCAAACGUAGGUAGCGACAAAAUUACUAAAGAGGACAUUCUUUGCGUCUCCUACUUUACAUCUGACCGCCAUUGGUCAUCCAUGCCACGCGAAUGUCCGUUUUUGAUAUCUCUAAACCGAGACACCUUUCGCUCCACAGUCCUGCCCCUCCCAUGCAACUGAGCAGUAACCCUGCUGCGGUUCUGUUUCUCUUUUCUCUUGCUGUGUAGACUCAAUUGCUAGUUCUGAUUUAGGUCCAUUCUGUAUGUGAAACAGCUGAAAGGCCCCACCCGUAAAACAUAUUAGGUGGUGAAGAUUUUCAGUGAUGGUCGAGUUUUGAUGACAACUGUCUCUGAAAUAAUUUAUUUCUUGAAAGAAAAAGAAGAAACGGGCUACAUUUAUUCUGUGUACCGUGGUGACUAAACGAGACAGGAAAAUGUUCUUAGUAAACGCAAAACCAAAAUGGUGAAUACUACUUGUAAUAACUACGUAGUGUCCCUGUGCCUCGCAACCCCGAAUGCCCCGAUCAUCGUUGAAUUAAACGAACUUAUUUUGGGCUUUAAGGGCAGCAGAGCUAAGCGGGAGACUACAACUUGCCGUCUCAGGAAAGAAAAGAAAAAAAAAAGAAAUCAAGCAAACAAAAAGACAUCGUGUAGAUUAUCAGAGAUUAAUGAAUUAUAAUGAGAUAACAACACUAUUGUGUUUCAAGUCGACUAAAAAGCCCUCGCCCUUGAUGACUUCAUGCCGCCAUUUCACACCUCCACCCACUUACGGGCGAGGGUUUUGCAUAAAAUAGUUAUUUGCUAUUGUUCGGCGUGUUUUAGUAAUGAGUUUAUUUGUUUUUCAGCUCCGCAUAAAGGAACUCGAGACCUCACAAGCCUUUCGGCAUUUCACUCAUCAAGUCAACUCACACGGACGGUACCGAAAUCUUGGAGUUGAUCAUGAAGCUGGCUGCAGCGAUUAUGGUGUUGGCUGUAGUUUGUGUGAAUCGCGGUUUAAGCAGAAGCAAGUGAGUGAAUCUAUAGUUGCUGUGAGUUAAUAGUUUUAACGCCUAUGGGCAUGUUCUUUCAAACUAUUAAUCGUGUAGAUAGAGCACUUUAUUUUCCGUAUAACAAGAGAAAAAGCUGUAUUUCUUUUGCCUCACGAAUUUGGGUUCAUGAUCCGCUAGCAAGUUGGAUCAUGGAUCUCAGAUACUCCGUUCUUGAAAUCUCGAAAGCGUUGCAGUGAGUCUUAAGUCUCGAUUUCAUGUGUUUGUUCCGUUUUUUAGUUCUUAAGUUUUCGGAAUGUAGAGACUCGAGUAUUUAUACCAGGGUACCAGUGUCGCUAUCUCUUGGUUUUUAACAACAUUCGCCAUCCUUCAACUUCACAACAAAGUCAAAUUAAUUUCAUGUCGAGGAGUUGAGCCAUGACUUCAACUUACUUCAAGUCAGUCUGUAGUUAAAAGCGACCAUGUGAAACGAAGGCCAGACAGAUUGCUACAAAAAUUACUCUUUUGAGUUCUAGCUAUUUAGCAAACCUUAGAGAAAUUGACGUGAGAGUAAAUGCGAAAGAACGAUCAGCUCUUAAAGUUGCUAUGUUUGAUUACCUAAAAACAAUUGCAUUGGUUGAGGGUAGAUUUCAAAAUGAUAAAAGUGAGAGAACUUUUCAAGAGUCUAAAUUUCCAUGGCCUCUAAGUACAUUGAAUUGUUUAACUUAGUUAUUAGUAAAGUCAAUUUGUUUAUACCAACAACACAUAUGAGUUAUAACAUCUUUAAUUAAAAUUUGACACACUUUAUAGAACAGAAAAAAACCGGUAGUAAUCCUUCUACUUUUAGUGCACAUAUCAGUUUGUUUAGGAUUGUGUAUUCUAAUUUGCGGCAUUGCGGUUUAUAGUGCGAUAUUGUAUUUGAAUACCUUGUUUAAGAGUCAGUUUGGCUUCAUCAACUUUCUAACAAUACAUGUAAUUCUUUUAACAGAUCCGCCAGCAUUCUAGGACAAGAGGUAAUUUUUGGUUUGUUCGUGGUAAUUGUUAAUAUAUACAGCGGCAUUUUGGCUGCGGUGUUUGAAAAAGGAAAAACAACACUUUUUUCAAGAAAGUUUCAUAGAAUAGACUAGAUGUUUGUCUUUUCGUGUGAAUCUGCACAUAAAGUUAUCUUCUGCAAAAGAAUGGAAUUGAAUUUCUCUAGCCUUCCCGUCUAAGUGUUUAUUGAUCACAAAAGCAACAUAAAGUGUUAAAAAUGGAUUUAGUUGCGAGACUAGGCAAGAGUGAAAGAACAGUUUCAACUUGAAAUGGCAAUUGAGUUUGGGAGCUAAUCGACUAAACAUUGGGGCCAGGGGCGAGUUGCGUGGAUACAUAGGCACUGUUAAAUGCCUUGCAUGUUUUUCGGCGAACGUAAAAAUCGUAUUCUAAACUGUGUAACUGAUACCUUUUGUAAAGAGAUUCGAUAAUUCCUUAAGUGAUCGUUUAUUUAUGCCGCUUGAUUAAAAACUCUUUUUUAGGCUUAUCCAUUGUUGUUGAGCUUCGUGAAAGCAGGUGGUCGUCUUGGGCUUCAGGAAUGCCAAAGACAGUUCAAGAACGAUAUUUGGAACUGUACGCUGGACAAGCAUGUGAUUAAGGAACUGCCCAUCUUUGUCAAAACAACGUUACCAUAUGGUAGGUUUGUUGUAAGGGACUUACUUCGCCCCCAAGUCAUUUCGCCCCGUUUACUUAGCCCCCUGUUUCGAGAACGAGGAAUAUUAUAUUUGAAACGCGCCUGUUUUGGUUCAUGGCUUAAACAACGGGGAUAUUGUAAUUGAACCGCGCUUGUUUUGCUUUAUGGCUUAUAGAAAGAAUAUUAUAUUUGAAGCGUGCUAAAUUAAAUGACUCGAAAAUAGGGGGCGAAGCAACAGGGGCGAAAUGACUUGAAAGCGAAGUGACAGGUAAACUUAUUAAUACAUUCAGUACGAUUGGCUGAAUAUCAAAGAUCAAUGCCCCUGAGAACAAGCCUUCACUUGUUGUCAGUAUCGCCGAGAUUACGAACUACUAGAAAUUUCAACGGACGCAAAUUUUAAAAGAUCCUCUAGUAUUGUGGCCUGCUCCGUCUUACAAGUAACUACUUUACUUUAAUAUCAUCUUCAUAGCUUCUUUUAAUUUAAUAUAUAUUUAUAACUGCUGUAACCUUUCCACUCUGCCCACGUCGUCUAGCUCUUGGUAUUUGCGGGCGGAGAUGGCAAAACGAUUUGCGACGUAGUCACAUACCAUCAGUUACAGUACUGAUUUGAUUUAAAAGAUUUCCGAGAUCCCUGUAAAACUGUCUAAAUUAUCCAAAAACCCUCGUGAUCUUUUGACUUGAUUUGAUGGUAUCGUGUUUCUUUGAUUUUUUUACCUUUUGUGCCUUGGAAUUGGUGAGCGCAAAAUUCAAAUUCACCUCUAUCAGCGAAUGCAAACCUUUAGAGAGUGGACUGGAUCUCUGUAACUGAAAGCUUUAAAUCCGACAGUAAACGUUAUCUCUGAUAGCUACAGUUUACGUACCAAAAAUAAAAUAUGAGAUGAUUUCGAUAACCUUUGUCUCGAGUCACUGACACCAUUAAACACGUAUUGGACUCAUUAUCCCCGUUAAGCACACAUAGCUAUUAGGCGAUCUAGCGAUGCGAACUAUUGUAAAGGUCACAGACUGUAUUCGACCCCUUUUCAAUCAUGUCACGAAGCUUAUUUGAGAAAACUCACAUAUCUUCAACUCAAUUCUUUUAUUUUGUGUUACUGAGGCGCCUUUUCCCGUUCAAGAAGUAGUUUGAAUAUUCUUAAGCAAGCGGAACCUCAAAGAGUUAGUUGGUAUAGAAACGUUCAAUUUUUAAAUAAUAGCCUAUUGUCUCUUUGUCUUUGCUGCUCUUUCGGGAAAUUGCUUCAAGACAAAAGUCUUGGUGGAAACUUAUAUAGUAAAAAUUAUGGUUUGCGUACGCCCAAAGAUGGAGUGAGAGUAGACUGGCAAACACACAGAAACAGCUUACUCUGUGAAUUUUAUAAAUAAAAAGAUGUGAGGCAGUGAGGGUGAAACAAAACACCUAUUUUCUGAAGGUAAUCGGUCAGUGUAGAGUAUAGAAAAGGACUUGAGCCUAAUUUGCGAUGGUGAGUUUUCUUUUGAUUUUAAAAGCUUUUUAGAUGGAAUAAAAAUCAGCAUGAUAACCUUGGCUCUACAAAUAACACAUAAUUAUUUUAAUCGUUCGAAUUCUCUCUCUGGGAUUCUAAUUCUGUUUUAAGGCAUUUCAGGCAUUUUUCUAUCAUAAUUUAGGCUAUUAUUUUUGUUUUGUUAAAUGCGCUGGCCUAAACUAGUACGUGUUGCGCAUUAAUUUCUCAUCACUAUAAUUACUCUAAUUGAGGUGCUUUCGCCCGACGGUGUUUCGCGCAAUAACAUACCGUAACACCAAAACCAAUUAGACUCGAAAAAAGCUUUAGAUAAGCCUGUCUAGCAAGGGUUUCCGUUCAAGUUAAUCAGGCGCGAAAGCUUUGCUCUCUCUCCAAUUUUCGCGCAAUAGCUCGAGCGGAAACGCUUGCUACGCAAGCUAGAUUGAGAUUAGAUUUAUUACUUUGCUAAUGCAUGUGUUACCCAACAAAGGAUUAACCUGUUCUGAUUACUUUACGGCAGCCACUCGAGAGACGGCGUUCAUCCACGCAAUCAGCUCAGCGGCUAUUACCCAUGAGAUCACGCAGCAGUGUAAGAAGGGGAAAAUACCCGGAUGUACCUGCGCUGUGAUAAAGAAACCAAAAAGGGCGAGUGAUGACUGGACAUGGGGCGGUUGCAGUGAUAAUGUGAAAUUUGGAGAGAGGGAAACAAAGCGUUUCAUAGACAAGCUCGAAAAGGGGAAUGACGCUAGGACGGCUUUUAAUCUGCAUAACAAUGAAGUCGGAAGAAAGGUAAGAGAAACAAAAAGAGACGCAUAAGGAUAGAAAAAUUAAUAACUUGAAUAUACUUACAACCUUAGAACUAACGUCUUUCUCUCUCCCUUCCUCGAGAAAGGAUAUUUUUGCGCCUUACUUAAAGAACAGUUUCUUAUGCAAAAACAAACUAAAACUAUUAAUUACUACUUGGCCCUCUGGCUUCCUCGUCCGUUAUCAAUUGAUUACUAGUUACGCUCAUUGGUCCAUCCGCACCGGAACCGCGCCGCAUAAAGCAAGGACACAACAAUGCCUCAUUGUGAUGGACCGAGUUGCUCAAAUUGUAAUUAGGGCAAGUCUAGUCUUACUGUUAGUAGCUACCCAGGUGGUACCCGCGACCAUAGGAAUGGGCCGGCCCUUUUGGCUCCACUGCUUUGUUAGCGUCACGUUCCAUUCAAGUACAAUUUUAGAGGCUUAUCUAAUAAAUUCCCUACGAUUUUCUGAAGUUUAAUUUUCGCAUUUCACGUCCCAAGUUAGGCUAUUUUUCGUAGAAGAAAAAUAGAACCUAAAAUUUUCGGAUUCAAAAAUGCGAUGGAGAGAGGAAUCAGAAAAUGUCUCACUUUCGUAAUAAAUCAAAUUGCACCAGUCUAAAAUUUUCGGGAAAACAAUACUCAAGCCCUUGUAAUUUCGAAGAAAGACUCGCGUUACCCUAGAAUGGCCGAACAGCUACAAAUUAUUUAGCGCCGCUAAGUAUACAUUCCUAGAGAUCUAAAAGUCCUCUGGAUAGCCAAAAAAGUGUUUUCAAUGUACUUAGGAGGAAGCCGUCGUUGGGUGCCCCUGGCAAGGUGCUUUAGUCCCAUGAGAAUGUUUUGCUCAAUGCGGAGGGCUUGUUAAACCAUGAUCAUUUGCGCUAAUCGUCCUUUAAGCAGCUCGGUUAUGUACAAAAUGGAUCAGGCAUAAGCUCUAACAUAUGAGUUUAAUGAUGACAUUUUAAUUCAUUCGAUUCAAGUGCAUGCUUCUGUAUAAUGCUCUUUUGUAGCACUGUUUAUUAUGCUGUGCAACAUAGCGGCUGACUUGAAUCUAUGGAAAGAAACGAGUGCCACGCUAAAUAGACGUUGCUAGUCUUUUCCUUUAAAUUUUGACAUUAUCUUUAAGUGAUACUAUACAGGAAGUCCAAUGAUGGCCAUCAUAUUCUGUUAACAGGUUGUUCGAGCAAACCUUAGGAGAGAAUGCAAAUGCCAUGGCUUAUCCGGAAGUUGCACUUUAAAAUCAUGCUGGAAGCAGCUUGGGGCUUUUGAAAACGUAGGAUCGGACCUCAAGAAGAUAUACGGUGCUGCCGCUAGAGUCAAAUUUGUGGAAAACAAGCUGCAAGAACGCAUCACCAGGGAUCUGCGUCGAGCUGUUUCUGCAAAAGACAAAAAGCUGGUAUAUCUUGAUUCCUCUCCCAACUAUUGCGUGCGAAACAGCACCGUAGGUUCGCCUGGAAUGCUGGGAAGGAUAUGCAGGGGAGACGAGGUAUCCACCGAUAAAUGUAAAUCUCUGUGCAACGCUUGCGGUCUGAGGCAUCAGACAAUUCAGGAAGUGAAGACCAUAAAAUGCAAGUGCAAGUUUGUGUGGUGCUGCAGUGUGCAGUGUGAUGAAUGCACGUCGAAAUUUUCCGUUACAACUUGUAAGAGAUAUUGAGAACUUGACUCACCGCAAGUUAAAAUCAAAACUUACGAUUUACGAAAGUCGAGUGCCACAGAAACUUCUGAUAAAAGACUGCUUCUGUGAACAGAAUAACGACUUUAUUUGGGUCGUAAUGUAGACAACUUUGUUUUCUUCGAAAUGUGAGUAAUUUUCAGUAAUUCUAGGCCUUGAGGAGUUCAAUGCAACUGGGCCUUUACGCUCACAACACAAACAGACAAAAAACUUUUUUUUGUAUAAGACUACAAAACAAAAUUACUGAUCUCAACCAAUCAAAAUUUACACCCCACGUCAAAAAUCCAUUCGAAAUGUGAGUAAUUUUCAGUAAUUCUAGGCCUUGAGGAGUUCAAUGCGACUGGGCCUUUACGCUCACAACACAAACAGACAAAAAACUAUUUUUUUUGGAUAAGACUACAAAACAAAAUUACUCAUCUCAACCAAUCAAAAUAAACACCCCACGUAAAAAAUCCAUCAAACCAUACAGAUUUCAAACUAAAUACCUCAAGGCGAAGAAGGCCGUGGGUAAAUUAGAAUUCAA